AUGUCCAAUGGAAUUGUGAACGGUACCGGACUUGAGAAUCAGUUUGCUUCUCUUGGUAUCAAUGGUACAAAACCAGCUUACAUUCCCCCGCACAUGAGAAAUCAACCGCGGGCGGUAUCCACCCCCGCGGCUCCUACCAACACUGGGAACAGCUGGGCUGACUCCCGCUCUUCCACUCCUUCUCGCGGUGGAGGUAGAGGCGGCUAUGGCAACGACAGGAAUGUCAGCGGAGGCAACCCUCGUGGGGGCGGCGGCGGAUGGGGUGGUCGCGACAGUUCUUCGGGAGGAGGCGGUCGCGGCGGCGAUAGUUCUGGUUUCGGCGCGUGGAGGGACGGUGUCCACGUCGCAGGAUCCCGCAACCCGCGCAUGGAAAAGGAGCUCUACGGGGAUCCUGAAGAUCCCUCCAAGCAGCACACCGGUAUCAAUUUCGACAAGUACGAUGAUAUACCCAUCGAGGCCACCGGUGCUGGCGUGCCGGAGCCUGUAAACGCCUUCACGAACCCGCCCCUUGACCCUGUCCUGCUGGAAAACAUCAGCUACUCUCGUUACACCACGCCGACUCCCGUGCAAAAGUACUCGAUACCUAUCGUAGCCCUUGGCAGAGACCUAAUGGCUUGUGCUCAGACGGGUUCUGGCAAGACAGGCGGUUUCCUAUUCCCAAUCCUAUCGGCAUCCUUUACUAAUGGUCCCAGGACACCCCCGGUCGACGCGACGGGCGGUGGAUACGGACGCACUCGCAAAGCAUACCCAACUGGCCUUAUUCUCGCACCCACCCGCGAGUUGGUCAGCCAGAUUCACGAAGAGGCCCGCAAGUUCUGCUACCGCUCCUGGGUCCGCCCGGCUGUGGUCUACGGUGGUGCCGACAUCAACCAGCAGCUUCGCCAAAUCGAGCGUGGCUGUGAUCUUCUCAGCGCCACCCCGGGUCGUCUCGUCGAUCUGAUUGAGCGUGGGCGCAUCAGCCUUGCCAACAUUCAAUACCUCGUCCUUGAUGAGGCUGAUCGUAUGCUGGACAUGGGUUUCGAGCCCCAGAUUCGUAGGAUCGUGCAGGGCGAGGACAUGCCCGGCGUGACCGAACGCCAGACGCUCAUGUUCAGUGCCACUUUCCCGCGCGACAUCCAGAUGCUUGCGAGGGACUUCAUGAAGGACUACGUGUUCUUGUCCGUCGGUCGUGUUGGCUCGACCUCCGAGAACAUCACGCAGAAGGUCGAGUACGUCGAGGACAACGACAAGCGCUCCGUACUGCUCGAUGUGCUUUCCGCCUCGGAUGCCGGCCUUACCCUCGUCUUCGUCGAGACGAAGCGGAUGGCGGACAUGCUCUCGGACUUCCUGCUGGCAAAUCACCUGCCUGCGACCUCUAUCCACGGGGACCGGACGCAGCGCGAGCGUGAAAUGGCGCUUCAAACCUUCAGGACCGGACGCACACCAGUUCUUGUCGCUACGGCUGUGGCGGCCCGUGGUCUCGAUAUUCCGAACGUCACCCACGUCGUCAACUACGAUCUUCCCUCCGACAUCGACGACUACGUCCACCGUAUCGGUCGUACUGGUCGUGCGGGUAAUACUGGAAUCGCGACUGCAUUCUUCAACCGCGGAAACAAGAAUAUUGUCCGCGACCUGCUUGAACUGCUCCGCGAGGCCAACCAGGAGAUCCCGGCAUGGCUGGAGACGGUGCGCACGAGAGUUCCUUGGUGGUGGCCCGCGUGGCCGCGGUGGUCGCGGCCGUGGGGGUGCCCGCACGGCAUCGAACCGCGAUUUCCGGUCGGGAGGUGGCGCUGGUGGCGGCCGUGGUGGCAGCAGUGGUGGCUACGGCGGUAG